AUGUCUGGGGGAAGGGGCCCGCCGGGGCGGCCGGACGGGGGCGGGCCCCGGGCCCGGACCGAGGCGUCCAGCCUCCACAACGAGCGCGAGAGGGUCGGCCUCGGGCCUGAGCCGGGGACAGACGGACAGGUUGAGCCUGAAGCAGCUGGCCUCGGAGCGGAGACAGAGCGGCCCGGCCAAAAGACGGAGCCAGACAUAUCCAGCCUCCGGACAGGUCCAGAGAGGAGCAGCCACUGGUCAGAGCUGGAGACAGCCGGUCCCUGGACGGAAACUGGGACGGAUGGCUUUUGGACUGGGCCACACAGGUCUGACCUCCAGUCUCAGCCAGAGAGGGCCAACCUCCGGACGCAGCCCGGAGUUGAUGGGCCCCGGACAGAGGGAGAAAUACAUGGGUCACAGACCCAAGCAGAGAGGGCCACGACCUGGGCUGAUAACCUCUGGACCCAUAAGAACAGGUCCAGCCUCCGGACUCAGCCAGAGGGGGCCUGUCCCUCAACAGAGCCAAGUGCUGAUGGCUCCCAGAUACAACAGGAUGCGAAAACAGCCUGGGAACAGGUUGGCACUGAUGGUUUCCCAACACGGCAAGAUACUGUUGGCUCCUGGACACGGCCUGGCACUGAUGGUCCCCAGACACAAGAUACUCACGGACCCCAGACAGAACCUGGGACAGACUGUUUUUUGGGGGAGUCCCAGCAGGAUGGCCAGUUAGAGGAACCAGAACCUGGGGAGUUGGGGACUCACCUAUACUCUCACCUGGAGUGCAACUCCCUGACCCCUGUGCCCCGCCUCAUCAUCACUCCUGAAACACCUGAGCCUGAGGCUCAGCCAAUGGAGAUGGGACCUCCCUCCCGGGCUGAGGGGGGCAGUGGUGGCUUCUCCUCUGCCUCCUCUUUCGACGAGUCUGAGGAUGAUGUGGUGGCCGGGGGCGGAGGUGCCAGCGACCCCGAGGACAGGUCUGGGAACAAACCGUGGAAGAAGCUGAAGACGGUUCUGAAAUAUUCGCCCUUUGUGGUCUCCUUCCGAAAACACUACCCUUGGGUCCAGCUGUCGGGACACGCUGGGAACUUCCAGGCAGGAGAGGAUGGUCGCAUCCUAAAGCGCUUCUGUCAGUGUGAGCAGCACAGCCUGGAGCAGCUGAUGAGUGACCCCCUACGGCCUUUCGUGCCCACCUACUAUGGCAUGGUGCAGCGGGAUGGCCAGGCCUUCAACCAGAUGGAAGAUCUCCUGGCGGAUUUCGAGGGCCCCUCCAUCAUGGACUGCAAGAUGGGCAGCAGGACCUACCUGGAGGAGGAGCUAGUGAAGGCCCGAGAAAGGCCCCGGCCCCGGAAGGACAUGUAUGAGAAGAUGGUGGCUGUGGACCCCAGGGCCCCCACCCCUGAGGAACAUGCUCAGGGUGCUGUCACCAAGCCCCGCUACAUGCAGUGGAGGGAGACUGUGAGCUCGACCUCCACCCUGGGCUUCCGGAUUGAGGGCAUCAAGGUGAGGGCCAGGAGCUGCUAG